UAAUUCCAGAUUCACGCAUAAUGUCUACUAUUUGACUCCCCUGCCCUGCAGUAGGGAGAGCUUGUUAUCAGUUCACCACAGAUCUCUCUCCCUUUCUCUCUCCACCUCCUUCUCACACACAUGCCCUCACUUUCCUUUUAAAUGCCUACUCUAGUAUGGAAUAUGCUGCUUGCUUCAAGUCUGGCCAAUGUUUCAGCUCUGGAGGAACAGAAAAUAAAAGGUGGCAACAUGACAAUGGCACAAAGAAGAUUCUUCAGGAACAGACAAUGUGCCAACAAUGCACCUGUGGGUGCUGUACAGAUUCUGUCAUUUCUUAUGAUCUUUCUAGGGGCACAUGGUUAUCUACGAGUUGGCGUACCCCGCACACCAGUUACUGUGCAACCUGGCUCUGAUGCCCUGCUGAGAUGUCGUUUCUCUGUUGGCUACAGGACUGUAGAUCUCAGUUGGCUGGUGUUAACAUGGCGAUUUCAGGGGUAUGAGGUGGCAAAAUAUGAUGAGGAUGAUGAAGAGGAAGGCAACUGUAAUGACAGAGCACUGAUUUUUGUGGAUGAGUUAAGAAAGGGGAAUGCGUCACUACUGCUCACUAAUGUAACAGCAGAAGAUUCCGGCAUAUACACCUGCUCUGUGGUCUACUCUAGCUACAACCAAGUUAAGACACUGAGAUUAGAAGUUUCUGGUACUUCUAUACAAGUAUUAGUACCGCACUCCAUGAUUAAGGUACAGUCUGGGUCCAGCGUGAUGCUGGGGUGUCACUUUACCAUUGCUUCUGAGACAGUGGACACUACUAUCCUCCUGGUAAUAUGGACAUUAAAUGGGACAGAAGUGGCCAGAUAUGAUGAAGUAAUGGAUGAAAACAGGAUCCUCAACUCAAGGGCAAACCUCUUCUGUGAGAAUAUUAGCAAUGGAAAUGCCUCACUCUUACUCAAAGACAUCAGGCUACAAGAUUCAGGAGAAUAUAUGUGCAUAAUCAUGUACAAUCAAGAAAGACAGGACAAGAAAAUAACAUUAGACGUUUUCGAGCACGCUUUCCAAGUGGCUGUACCACACACCAGAGUUACAGCCCAGUAUGGAUCCUCAGCACUGCUGGGGUGCCAGUUCGCUGUCGGCUAUGAGACCUUGAAUCCCCAAAAACUGGGUAUCACAUGGUUAUUUCAGGGGCACGAGCUUGUGGCGCACGUUGAUUUUUAUGCUGACGAAGAAAUGACCUACAAAGCAACAGCACACCUCAUCAAAGAGCAGUUUGUGCAUGGAAAUGCAUCUCUGUUGCUCACAGACAUAACACUAGCAGAUGAAGGGAACUACAUGUGUUCUGUCUUUUACUGGCCACUCAGGGAGAGUAAAACAAUCAUGUUAAAAGUCUCUGCACCAACAGCAAGCGACAUGGAAAGGAAUGAAGUAACAGCACCAACAGCAAAUGACAUGGAAAAGAAUGAAGUAACAGAAAACUCGAUGUCGCAGAACACUGCAAAUGCACUCAUGCUAAUCCCAUUUGUGGUGAUAUCGAUGUAUCUUCAAUAGAACGUCAUUUGCGAUCAUAUUUAAGAAAAACGACCAUCAUGAAACAGUGAAAGAAAAUGGACUACUCCAUAAAAGCAGGCCACUGCAGGGCCCGAUGGACUUUAUCCAGUCUUACCAUGUCUGUAGAAAUACUUUGUUAAUAGGUGUGUAAUGCAUCUGCCAAAUGAAUACAGUCUAUAUAUAUUCCAACUUUCGAAUCUUGGACUGACAAUAAGAAACGGAAACUCCUGACCAGAUUUGUAAUGCCAUUCAUUUUAUCACUUGUUGCCUUAGUUAUAUCUGUUUAUAUCUAACAUGAGAUGCUGGAAUGAUAUCUUUUCUCUGGUUAUUGUUUGAUGAACGCAAGCCAGUCAGUCAUCUGUUUCCUCACCUUUAUCCCCACCUCUCUCUCCUGAGUUUGUCCAAUGUCUGCAGUGAAUGUGGGAAAAACACUUUUCUUUUGUUCCCACGCUAAGCCCUAUGUAUCCAGAAUGGAAACAUUCAGGUCUGUUUAACAUACAGAAAUCAGGAUAGAAAGUGGACUUGCACAAAUUCUUCCUGGAACUCUGCCAACAUGACAAAGAUGCUCAACCCUGAACUUUUGGCCGUCUGAAAAUGCACAUACUUACCAAGGCCAGGAAAUGCAGUUUCUUAGAAAGUGAGCAAGACCUAAGAGUAUGAAUACCUUCACUUCUUCUCUGAUUUGAAAAUCUCUACACUGGUUGUCACUUUUAACUUACUAUGUUUAAGGAAAAAAUGUUUUUGUUUUGUUUUGUUUUUUGUCAUUGUGACUGCUGUCCUUUGUAUCAUUCUGUGACCAUGAUUUGUUUAGCAUUGUGAAUGCUGUUUUUUGACUGCUCAGCACUGUACUGUAAUAAAAUAAAACUACAGCAUUUUA